AUGAAAACAUCAAAUCAACAUCAGAAUCACAAUCAAAAAUCAAACAAGUCCAAAAACAAAUCAGCACCUAACAGCUCUAAAGCUUACUCAGCACUAGAAGUUGUUAACGAGUUGGAAGUAGUACCCGAAUGUGAUAGUUCCACAUCAAUUAGAACUAAUCAAACCAACACCACGUGUAACUCUGUUGAUAAAAACGUGACAGCCAGUUCUAGUAAUAUCGACCUGUUCCACAUCCUGAACUCAGCAGACGAGUUGCAAGACAUGUCUUUAGAAGAGAUAAUAAACGAAGCAGAUCCUACAGAGAAGAGGGAUUCGAGACUACAUAGCAAACGCGACAAGGUGCCCCGCCAGCAUCGGGUGAAAGUGAGAAGCCCGAAGCGAAGGCACUCAACAAUUGACGGCCAUAAAAGUGAAGCUGAAAAAGUGACAGUAGGACUUGGCGCUAUAGACUGGGAUCAAGAGAUUGAGGAGUGUGUCGGAUGUGUGACGGAGGCAGUGGUUGAGAGUGUGAACGAUGAUAGGACGAGCAGGCAUUCGAUGAAUGACAUGUGCAGGAUAUGUCACGGGGGUGAAGCCUUGUCCACGGAGUUGGGGCAGAUGAUAUCGGCGUGCGCAUGUCGAGGAACCGUGGGAAGAGUUCACGUGAAGUGCUUGGAAAGAUGGCUGACGCAGUCCGGCAAGACGCAAUGCGAGCUAUGCGGAACCCGGUACGCGACCUGCCGUGUGCAUCGAUACGGACUGACGAAAGCGCUGGUUAUGUGGAUUCUGAGCCAUAAUUCUAAACAGCUGAUGGUGGAUAGCCUGGGCAUAAUGCUGAUGUCUCCGCUAGCUGUGACGGCUGCGUGGCUGUCAGGUCGAACGCUAACCACGCUCAUGUCACCAGACAUGCCGGUCACGCCCUGGCCGCUCGCCUCCACCUUUGUACUCGCCUGUAUGACACUCGUAUGUUAUUACUGCUGGAUAGUUUCAGCUGCAACGCGUCACGCACUCGAUUGGUGGAUUUGGUAUCGCUCUCAGUAUGAAGUCAGACUACGAUUUCACGACAACGAAGAUUAG